AUGCCGGACGCGGAGCAGGCGGGGCGCUUCGGUUGGCGCCGCCGGGACAGCGGGGGCAACGAGAACGCGCGCUGGUCCCGGCCUCGCCUUUAUAAAUCCUGGGUCCCGGGCGCGCCUGCCCCCCGCCCGCGCGCGCUGGCCGCGGCGCGCACGCGCCCCUGGGGCCUACCUUCGAUUGGCCGGCGGACUUCGAGGCUCGUCUUUGCCGCUCUCGGAUUGGACACUCACACUAGGCCUGGCCCCGGAUUCGGAAACGCUUCUGAGGGUUCCCUGGCCUUCGCCCGGGAUUGGCCGAGGACCUCGCGCUCGCUCCCGGGCUCUGCGCCUCCUGAUUGGCCAAGGGAUGCGCGCACUCUGCGCGUUCCUUCGUCGAACGUGGCAGUGGGGCGGAGUUCCCGGUCUAGGGGCGGAGCUGCGGCUGCGCCUCCGAAACCCCUCGUGUUGCAUUCUGACUGGACCGCGUACCCAACUGGCACGCCCCCCCGGACCCGGGCCGGAAGCUGGGGUGACGCAAUUUCCGGCGCGCGUGUCAAGCGUGCGGCGGCGGCCCUGGAAGGUGGGGUCGGCCAUCUAGGGGCGGCGGUGGGCUCGGUGUGUGAUAGCCGGCCCGGUCCGACGCGCUCCGCGAGGUCACGCGAGACACCCACCGAGGCAUGGCGGCAGGGCCUGGGCACGGGAAUCGUGCGCACAGGGCGAGGAACCCUCGGAGGGGAUGAGAGCACAGGGCGGGGGUUAGGAGAAUGGGGCUGGAGAGACGGGCGGGAGGGGCAGGAACUGGGCGCCUGGGACCUGCCGGCUCCCAAGCCCCAGGAAGACGCUGCCCAUGCGUGGAGCGGCCGCAGGAAAGAUGCUAUGGUCGGCUUAGGAGACCUCGCAGCCGUUACACAGCUGUGGAAAUACCCUGGGCGCUGGGCGCUGCUUCACUCCGAAGGCAGCAGCUGGGUUUACCUCCCGACUCGACCCGCCACUGAGGCUCCUGAGCACUUGAAAUGUGGCCAGUCCACCCGAGACGGGCUGUGCCUGCCCUCUCCGUUCCUCCUCACUUUCCUCCGCUGGGAAUCGGCACCACCACUGAUUUUAAAGUUGAAACUUGUCAGGCAAAACGGAGGUACUCCCACGUUAAAUGUAUACACGUUGACUGCAAUAGCAUCCUGACUUUUGAAAUGGGAACUCCCUCCACUAGAAUACGAGUUCUUUGUGGUCAAGACUGGGUCCCCUGUGCCCCUCCCCCCAGUGCCAGCGGAGCAAAGGUCAGUCAGCAGCAUAAGUUGUACCUGCUGGGAGAACUGUCUGCUUCCUCCGGGUGACUUUUCCGGCCUAGAAGGAAUAUGAUUAUGUGCCUCCCUGAGCACUGGCCUGGAGCCCACUCAGGAAACACCAUCUCUUCAUAAAUCAUUUUGGUUGCAGGCAUUGUCCCUUCUGCUCUCUGGACGAUGGAAAUUGCUUCAGGUCACUGCACUGUCUUCCAACGUUUUUGUGGUUGCCAUGAACUGUUGUACAGACCACAAUUUGGGGCCUGAGACAAGCUGGGCAUGGUGUUGCAUGCCUAUAAUCUCAGCUACUUUGGAGGGUGAGGCAGGAGAAUAGCUUGGGCCCAGGAGGUCGGGGCUGCAGUGAGCCAUGAUCAUACCACUGUACUUCUGUCUGGGUGACAGAGACCCUGUAUCUUACAAAAAACCCCACCCCACAUUUGUACCACAUCUAGAUACGAGGUCAGAGUUCAGAUGCCUAAAUAUUGGAGCUUGUGUUUUGUCCACCGUUGGGGAAAGAGUGAAGAGAUUUGACAUACCAUAAUGUUGAUUAGCUUGUGAUGGUUUGGUGGCAGCUUAGGCCAGAGCAUACAGUAAAAAGGAAAAGUGUUCACAGACAAUGAAAACUGGGACCAAGUGGAGAAUACUCAAGGCACACAGACCAGGCAAGGAUCCCAGUGGCCGUGGAUAAGUCUCAGGCUGGCUCUGGGCCAGUGGAACACACCUCAGUGCAGGUGAAGGCCUAGCCAGGGUAGCAGAGGGCAGGGCUACAGAACAGCAGCCCAGGUGGCUGUGGCCGACCUGACAUUCUCCUAUGAAAACCAGGUGCCCAACCAGGACUAACCUAGAUAGAUGGCAGCAUUUUUUUUUCUUUAAAGACAGGAUCUUGCUAUGUUGCUCAGGCUGGUCUCGAACUCCUGACCUCAAAGGAUCCUCCCCUCUUCAGCUUCCCAAAGCACUGGAAUUACAGGUGUGAGCCAGCAUGCCCAGCCGAAUCAGUGUCUUAGACAGAUGCUGUGGCUGCCCAUAGUGUCCUCUCAAGGUGCCUCUGCCCUCGGACUGGCUUCCUACACCAACCUGACAGGUGCUUGAGCAAACGUGGGCUCUGGUAAGGCUGGAGGAGGAAGUCUGGUCUGCGAUGGCCUCAGACGCCCUCCUCUAUGGGGGUUGCUGAGUGGAUGGAAAUGUGCAGGGCAUAGGUCCUGCCCCCAAGAAUGCAGGCUGGUUCUGCUGGGCACCUACAGAGGGCUGAUGUCCUUUUCCUGAGGCCUGCUCCUGUGCCUUCUAACCCUAGGGUAAGAAGAUGGGCCGUGUUCACCUCAUGCCCAGGCCCUUCGAGGAGUGUGCCCUUGAGGGUCAGAGCCCCCGUGGCUGGUAUUUCUUUGGAUCAUCACAGGUGCUCCAGACAUCCUUUAGGGAGUCUCAGGCUUGGAGAAGGGACCCAUUAAAUGUUGGUUAGUUGGGUUUUUUUGUUUGUUUUUUGUUUUUUUUGAGACAGAGUCUUGCUCUGUUGCCUAGGCUGGAGUGCAGUGGCAUGAUCUUGGCUCAUUGCAACCUCCGCCUCUCAGGUUCAAGCGAGUCUCCUGACUCGGCCUCCUGAGUAGCUGGGAUUAUAGGUGCGUACCACCAACCCUGGCUAAUUCUUGUAUUUUUAGUAGAGACAGGGUUUCACCAUGUUUGUCAGGCUGGUCUCGAACUUCUCACCUUGUGAUCCUCCUGCCUCAGCCUCCCAAAGUGCUGGGAUUACAGGCGUAAGCCAUCAUGCCCAGCCAACUGGUUAGUGAUUAAAUGUUUUGAUUGAUGCAGCUUUUAAAAUGUA